AUGAGUCAAGCGCUCGGGUGUUCGCCCCGCUGGGGGGCCGAACCGACGAGGAGAACCGGGUUCGGCCCGCGCCAGAGGUCGAUUCGAUCGUUAGUGACGUGCAUUCGGUGUGUGAGCCCGUCGGAUGGCGCCCCCGACGCGCCCCGAGGAGGCGCGAAGAGCUCGGGAAGGACCCUGUUGCGCAUCGCGAUGGGCGCCGCGACUGUCGCGGCGCCUUGGGUCUCCCCUUUUGUGGCGAGCACGGUGACCCAACCUGGGGUGGCACGCGCGGCGACGACGUGGAAGAGCAUGAAGGACCUGCCCGCCAUCGAACCCGGCGCGCAUCCGGCGCUCACGGUCCGCGAGUUGACCCCGCGUCAGAGGGAGUUCACUGCGUGGCUCGACGGUGUCCGAGAGGAGUGCAUCAGGCGGGGGAUAUCCGAGGAGACCGUGGGGUCGUGCUUCAACGAGCUGGAGCCGUUACCUGAGACCGUGGUGGAGAAAACGGCAUCCUCGCACGUGCUGAACCCGGAAAAGAACCUCAGCGUGGAGGCGUACCUGCGAAGGAUGGUGUCCAAGGACAGGGUGACUAAGGGCGCCGCGCUCCUGGUUGAACAUGCCGAACUCCUCAACGAGGUAGAACGGGAGUACGGGGUGCCGCCGGAGAUACUGGUGGCCAUAUGGGGCAUAGAGAGCCACUUCGGCGGGUUCCAGGGUGAGCACGACUGCAUUCGCGCGCUCGCCACCCUUGGAUUCGAGCACCGGCACUGGAAAGGGGAUUACUUUGGCAACGAGCUCGUCGAGGCGGUUAGGAUAAUCGAUGAGGGUCACGUUCCCCCGGAAGACUUGGUGGGAUCGUGGGCGGGAGCGCUGGGACAGUGCCAGUUCAUGCCGUCCAACUUCCACAGGUACGCGGUGGACAAGGACGACGACGGACGCGCCGACAUAUGGCGGUCGCUGCCGGAUGUGUUUGCUUCGAUGGCCAACUUUUUGAAGCAGUACUGCGAAUGGAACCCAAACGUGAGGCCGGCGGGGUUCAGGGUGACAGUGGAGGGGGAUCAGCUGCCGGAGGAUGUGAUCGGUGGGUGGUGGGGAGAACGAAAGACGCCUAAACCGGCGAGUUACUUCCUUUGGAACGGGGUCAAGCCGCUUCACAACACGCUUAGGCUGCCUCGGAGCGCCGAGAGUGUCCUGCUGAUGCCGGAGGGGAAGGAUGGUCCGGCGUUUCUUGCGCUCUGCAACUUUCGCGCCAUCAUGAGGUACAACCCGUCGACGAACUACGCCAUGGCGGUGUCUAUGCUGGCGCAGGAGAUCGUCGACGAGGUGGCGGCUGUCAGAAAGGAGGCAUAG